UAUCUGUCCGAUCACUUCCCAGCAGAGCAUAGCAGAGAGCAGUCAACCCGUCGUGUCUCUACCCGAGGCCGGAUGGUAAAAUCCAACCUCCAGCGGAUCCUAAACAGUCAUUGCUUUGCUCGUGAGAAGGAAGGAAAACAUCAGUCUUUAACUACCAUGGCGGAUUUAGGAAGCGGAAUCUGUGACAUGAUUGGGAACCUGUCCCUGCACUGUAGUAGUACCCGCGGCCCAGGGCCUCUGUGGUGCUCCGAUGCCCCUCUCCCACCCCUGAAGAUCCCAGGUGGGCGAGGGAAUGGCACACGGGAUCACACUCCUUCAGCUCGGCCGGUCUACUCAGACCGUAAGUUGACUGUGACGGAGGAGCCGGCAGGAAAUGGUCGCCCGGGGAUUCUCCACUUCCAGACGCACCCCACUGUCACCAAGACAAUUCAGCUGGAUGCUGUCCUGAGCAACGGCGCCCUGUACGUGGAGAUACCACUGGAGCCGCUUCCUGAAGGCAGCAAGGAGAGUUUUGCUGCUCUCCUGGAAUAUGCCGAAGAACAUCUGAAAGUUGUUAGCGUGUUUGUCUGCUUCUACAAGAACAGAGAUGAUCGAGCCAAACUGGUGCGUACCUUCAGUUUUCUGGGCUUUGAGAUUGUGAAACCGGGCCAUGCCCUCGUCCCACCUCGACCCGACGUUUUCUUCAUGGCGUACAGUUUUGAUCGGGACUCCUCGGACGAGGAGUAGCCCCACUCCCCCCCCCCCCUUCUCUCACCCAACCCCAGCCUUAGACAGCUCCCCCCUCGGCCCCCGAUCCUUUUCUAGUUUCCACGCAAUUUUGCUCGCCCCCUCCUGCUCCCCCAUCACUCACCCGUAUACUCCCACGGCCUGCGCUACAUGUUUUAUUCAAGGGAUUUAGUUAAGCUGUUUUUUCAAAGUGUUUUCAUUCACUGUUUCUGUGUCAUCAAUGGUGUCGCGUCGUCCAAAGGAGGAAAACCUUUGAUCCUCUGACUCUCCAUCCGACUACACCCGGUGUAGCGACUAAUAAAGUUCUUCACUUUGUUUUUUGUCAACUCAUUGAUGUUUGACUGAUCAGGUCAGGGUUGUUCAUCAGGUUUACACUGAUCUUUUCACGGUUGGCUAAAUAUUGACGAUUGUUUGAGUGGGACCACGCCCUCCUUUGAAGUAUUAGUAUUUUGUGUUUCAACUACAGCCCCAAUAAUUGGUACUUAUUAGCAGAUGAGUGAAUCGGUUUAGCGUAGAAGCGAAGCGACCGGCGACAUCGGGACGCCUUUGUUUGCAGUUUAAAUACCCUGAGAGUGUGUGCGUGUGCAUGUGUGUGUGUGUGUGUCUGUGUCGGUACAGAGCGGAGGUAUUCCGAGAAGAAUUCCAAAGUGCUUUUGCAUCUUUCUGCUGUGUGUUAUCUGACGCUGUUGUAGUGUGCUGUUGUGGAGGAUUGGAAAAAAAAAAGUUGUUGUGAAUGGAGCUUUUUUUUUAUUAUUAUUAUUUCUUUUAGAUUCUCUAAGAAUAGCAUUCCUUUGCAAUUUUUCUUUUGUUUGUUUUUGUCAUAAGGACUUUUUUCACCUUGCAUAGUGGUACCUGUGUGUGUCUGUGAUAAUAAAACAAAUAAAACCAA